GACGAGGAGUUUUGGUUAAGGGUUCAUGAAAAGCAGAACGAAGGGUUGUCAUGGAACAGAGCUAUGGAUGAAGUCCAGGUUGAAAGACUGAUUCAGAAAUACAAGGAUAGUGGGGAACUGGAUAGUGAGGAUCCAGCGCUCUCAAUGUUGAAAAAGUGGCCUACAUCCGUAUACUUCAAAGAUGAUCCCGAGAAACUUCGUGGACUCGAGCAACUGAUAAAUCGCUUUUUGGAGAUUCUUUUAGAAAGUGAACUUAACUCAGGGAACAGAUACAGAGUGUUUCAAGACGAAUGUGACAAAACAAGAAAGACCUUGAUGCACUACGCAGCAGAGCUUGGUUUUUUACAUGUCACAAAAACACUUGUGAGGAAAUGUCCCCAGAUGAUAACCAUGAUAACAGAAAAUCAACGGAAACCUGUGAAGAAAAGAGCCAUGUUGCCCGUGGAAUUGGCAAUAAAAGGAGAGAAGGACGACGUGGCGGCCUUUUUGAUUAGAGUUAUGUCACAUGAGAGCAUUCAAAACUUAUUUUCCUGGACACCAAGCAAAAUGACUGAUCCAAAACCAUCCUUCUUCAGUUUCAAGGCAAUUAUUGAGAACCCUAGGAUGAAGGAAACAGUGGUGGCUGUACUAAACCAGAUGAUGAGCCCUCACUGGCCUUAUCUUCCCCAACGACAAGAAAACUAUGAAACUGAAGAAGAGAGGGAGGCAAUUGAGGGAGUCUGGAAUACAAUUUCAGAUGAUCCAUUAAACUAUCAUUUCUAUUAUCAUAUAUUGGAUGGAGAUGAGGGAGGACGACCCCCAAAGAUUUUGGAUUCAGAUGGGUACAAGCAGAUAGAAAACAAACAUUUUAAUUGGAAAGACAAGUCUUGUUUGCAUGCCAUUGCAAAGGGCAACAACAAAGAAGCUUUGCAGCAUCCUGUGGUCAGAAUGUUGAUUAAAGCAAAAUGGAAAAGUUAUGGACACUUUUUUCUAAGCCUUCAAGCAGUAUUGUAUUGCAUCUUCUUGCUGUGCAUGUCAUAUUCCCUGCUGCAUGCCUCUACCAAACUGGACCCCACCCAUUACAGCGGUGCACUGGACUCACUGCGUGGAUUUUGCGAGGUUGUCACUCUACUUAUGGUCGUGUUUUACAUCUGUGAGGAAAUAAAUCAAAUAAGAAUAGAGGGGCGUUCUUAUUUCUCAGAGUGGAUGACCUUGUUUGACUGGUUAGGCCUGCUGUUGAUCCUGUGUAUAAUACCCUUACGGUACAUGGAUCAUAAAGCACAGUGGAUGGUGACAUCUUUGGCCUUCUUGUUUAACUUCAUGAGAAUAUUAAAAUUUUCAUGUGUGUCAAGGACUACAGGAUUGUACACACAAACCUUGGCUAAGAUCAUUUUAUAUGACGUCACAAGAUCCAUGGCAGUUUUUAUUGUGAUCUUUUUCUCCUUCUGUGGUGCCCUGACUUUAUCACUUUGUUACUCCGUAUCCAGUGAAAACCAAGAAUUUCGUGGUCUUGGAGACGUUUUGUUGAGCGGACUUCGUGCGCUGUCUGAGCAGUAUCCAAUGGCGGAAAAUUACUCAACUUUCAACUGGCUGUCAGUUCUGUUGAUGAUGGCGUACAUGGGAACAGUGACAGUGAUUCUGCUCAACAUCCUCGUUGCACAAAUGAGUACGACCUACUCACAGGCCAAGAAAGUCGCUCGUCUGGAAUAUGAUGCGGAUCGGAUUUUACAGCUCACGCGCAUGGAGAGAUUACCUUUUCUGAAUUUACGCAUAAAGUAUUACAAGGGAGGAGACUGGGUCAGUGAAAUGAAACUCGCGCAAGAGCUUCUUGAAUUCAGUGAAGAUCGUAAUCCUUGGGAGUCGGUGGAAGAGAAGCUGAAUGCGAUCAGGGAUAUGAUGAGAAAAAUGGUCAAACAGAUGAGGCCUCGACAAGAAUAA